AUGGUCGGUGGGCGAAGAAAGAGCUUGUCGAACCGGAUGACCAGUGGCUGGCCAUUGACUUUCCAUAAGUCGAGCACAACAUUUGGUGAGCUGCGACUGAUCUCAAUUGUCAUGACAAUUUGCACAUCGCCGUUCAAUUUGGAAAGCCAAAACCGAGCAUCAGAUAUCAAUUUCGAAGGGGUCCCCGAAAAGCCAGUUCUACAACAAGGGAAGGCCAUUUGGUGGUUCGGCCGUGAGGAAGUAUCCUCGGUAAAAAUUGGCAGUCUGGCUGUUUAA